GGCGUGUGGUUAUUGAUUAACGCCGGAGUCUCAACUGCAUUUCCGGUCGUGGCGUUUUAACAGUGAGUGAGAGUGGGAGCUGAUCAGUGUUCGGCGAGCUGAUUUAUGCAAAUCCCAGCCACAGAGAGGGAGAGGGAGAGAGAGAGACAUUCCGCCUGAACCUCCGGCUGAUGUUAGACAGAGGCAGCCCUCUCUGCAUCCUGAACACUGGACAAUCGCCACCCUAUGUCUGAAGUACACCUGCGAACCAAACCUGCCAGCUGCUCAACCUGAUUCUUUUUUAAAAAGCAAGACAUUUUACGAAUAGAAAUCUUUUGUACUUUUUUUUGGUGCGUGUGUUCUUUCUCCUCACGGUCGAGGAUGGGACGAGAAGGGGCCGAGAUACGGACUUUCUCCGCUAACCUCCUGCUUCUUCUCUGCCUCGCUGCCCACGUCCGCUGCCGCCUUUGCCCCGAGAAAGCGCUGGAGAACCGGGAAGAGGAGGCUAACGUAGUGUUGACCGGCACGGUGGAGGAGAUAAUGAAUGUGGAUCCCGUACACAAUACCUACUCUUGCAAGGUGCGAGUCUGGAGGUACCUGAAAGGCAGGGAGACGGUGAACAACGAGAUCCUCUUAGACGAUGGGAAACGAGUCAUGAUCUGCGGCUUUGGAGACCCCUUGAUCUGCGACAACCAAGUCUCCACAGGCGACACCAGGAUUUUCUUUGUCAACGUGGCGCCGAAGUCCAUGUGGCCAGCUCACAAGAACGAGCUGAUGCUCAGCUCCAGCCUCAUGAGGAUAACGCUCCGGAACCUGGAGGAGGUGGAGAACUGCGUAGAAGACAAACCGGUGAUUAACUUCACUCCAGCCCCUCCAACGCAGGAUGUGUGCCGAGGCGUCCUCUGUGGAUUUGGGGCCAUGUGUGAAAGGGAUCCUAGAGAGCCAGACAAGGGAACCUGCGUCUGCAAGAGAGGUGCCUGUCCAUCGGUGGUGGCUCCUGUCUGUGGGUCGGAUUACUCCACGUACAGCAACGAGUGUGAGCUGGAGAUGGCCCAGUGUACUCAACAACGUAGGAUCAAGGUUAUCAGCAGGGGGCCUUGCGGUCUGAAGGAUCCAUGCAGCGAUGUGACUUGUGGAUUCGGCAGCUCCUGCGUCCAGUCGUCCGAUGGGCAGUCGGCCAAGUGCAUCUGCCCCACCACGUGCAGCGGGCAGCCAGAGAAGGUGGUCUGCGGCAGUGACGGCCAGGACUACCGCAACGAGUGUGAGCUGAAUAAGCACGCUUGCGACCAUCAUCGGAAUAUCUACAAGAAGUCCGACGGCUUCUGCGACCCCUGCAAAGACGCUCAGAGUGACCUGAACCAGGCGUGCCGAGUACAGCCAAGAAUCCGCAAACCAGAGGUGCUGUCGCGGCCGGAGAGCUGCCCGAAGGAGGACAAGCCCGUCUGUGCCGAUGACGGUCAGACCUACGACAGCAUGUGUGUCAUGGAGAGGGUGGGCGCUCUCAAAGGCAUCAAUCUCCAGAGGAUUCGCUUCGGACCCUGCCUGCCCAGAGACAAGUGUCAGGAAGAGUGCAAGUUCAACGCCGUGUGCCUCAACCUACUGGGGAGCGUCCACUGCUCGUGUGACCGCAUCGUCUGCGACGGGGCCUACAAGCCCGUGUGUGGUCAGAACAGCCAGAGCUACAACAAUGACUGUGAACAUCAGCAAGCAGAGUGCCUGGGGCAGACAUACAUCCCAGUCAAGCACCAGGGCCCUUGCGACCUUAACAAUCUAAGCCCCUGCCUGAACGUUGAGUGUGAUUUUGGGUCCAAGUGCAUUGUGAAGAAUAACAAAGCAGUGUGUGAGUGCCAGCAGACGUGCCAGAGCGUGUACGAGCCUGUCUGUGGCAGCGAUGAACACAUUUACGGCAACGAGUGUGAAUUGGAAGCCAUGGCCUGCAUUCUGAAAAAGCACAUCACUGUCAAGCACAAGGGUCCCUGCGAUCGUUGUGGAAACUGCCAGUUUGGUGCCAUCUGUGAGGCAGAGACGGGGAAGUGCGUCUGUUCCACGGAGUGUGUGGGCUCUCAGCAGCUGGUGUGCGGAACAGAUGGGAACACGUACAAUAAUGAAUGCGAGCUACACGUCCAGUCCUGCAUCAAGCAAACCGACAUCCAAGUCGCAAGCCAGGGAGAGUGCAAGCAAUGUGGAUCCUCCAUUUGCCAGUUUGGGGCACAGUGCAACGACAGUCGGUGCGUCUGUCCCCGGUGCGAGAGCCAGCCGAUCAGGUCGGUCUGUGGCAGUGACGGGAUGACCUACCUUCACCUCUGUGAUCUGCAGUCUACAUCCUGUCAGCAGAAAAGGAAGAUUGAGGUCAUUAAGGAAGGCCCUUGUGAUGACGAAUGUGGUUCAGGGGGGUCUGGCUCCGGUGACAAUAGCGAAUGCGAACAGGAGAAGUGCCGGAAAUAUGGAGGAGUUUGGGAUGAGGAUUCUGAAGAUGGACCUUGUGACUGCGGAAUAUCAUGCCAAGGUGUCCCCUGGUCUCCUGUCUGUGGGUCUGACGGGGUGACCUAUGACAACGAAUGCACACUGAAGUUGACGCGCUGUAAGCUUAGAAAGGACCUUCACGUUAUCGUGCCCAGCUCCUGCAAGGAUGCACUUCCAGCGCCCGUCCCGGAGCAACACUGUAGUAAGUCCGUGUACGGCUGCUGUCUGGACAACGUUACCGCUGCCCAGGGGGUUGGCCUGGCAGGAUGCCCAAGUACCUGUGAGUGUAAUAGGUAUGGAUCGUACAGUGAAACUUGUAAUCCCAGCACGGGUCAGUGCUCCUGCAAGCCGGGUGUGGGAGGGUUAAAAUGUGACCGCUGCGAACCUGGGUUCUGGAACUUCCGAGGCAUCGUCAUCGAUGAGAAAAGCGGAUGUACCCCGUGUAACUGUGACCCGCUUGGGUCUGUUCGGGAUGACUGCGAGCAAAUGACGGGUCUCUGCUCCUGUAAGGCAGGGAUCAGCAGAAUGAAGUGUAACCAAUGUCCCGAUGGCAGUAAGCUGGGCCCGAACGGAUGCGAUCAAGACCCGUCUAUUUCCCAGACCUGCGACGAUGUUGUUUGUCAUUACGGAGCAACUUGUGUGCAGAGUGUUGGACAAGCUUAUUGUGAAUGUCCCUCUCCCAUCUGCCCGAAAGAUAAACAGUUCAAGGUCUGCGGUUCUGAUGGAGUAACCUAUGCAAAUGAGUGUCAGCUGAAAACCAUCGCGUGUCGCCAGGGUACAGCGAUCACCAUCACGCAUCAGGGGCCGUGUCAAGGUACUCCACCAAGGCUGACCCCCACAGCCUCCAGCAGUAACGGGCUGACAACCAAAUGGACAGAAUCAUCCCCAUCGCCCCUCCCACCUACACUAAGCGAAGAGCUCAUUCGAUCCAGUAAGGUGGAGAAGCAAAAUAUAACGUAUAAUGAAGCAAAGCUUCCUUUUCUUCCCUUUGCACAAACCACAAUAAGGCCACUGGACCAAACCAAGAUCUCCACGGUUACCGGAGGCCCUGUCGUCACUGGCUACCCAGCUAUUGCCCCGUCUGCAAAGCCACUCCUUCCAUCUGAGCCUCCUGACCUGUCAGGCAGUGGGGACUUCAGUGGCGACGUUGAUCUGGAGGCGAGUGGUGAUAUGGAGGCGAGUGGAGGAGAGCCUUUGGUUUUCAAUGACUCCUCGGCAGAAGCUCCAUCUUCUGGUCCAAUUGAGAGAUCUACAUGUGACAAUACAGAGUUUGGCUGCUGUCCUGACGGGAAGACGCCAUCUGUUGACAGUGAGGGAAGCAACUGUCCACCUACUAAGGUAUUCCAAGGUGUCCUUAUUUUGGAAGAAGUAGAGGGCCAGGAACUUUUUUACACUCCAGAGAUGGAUGACCCGAAGUCUGAACUGUUUGGUGAAACAGCAAGGAGUAUUGAGAGCACUCUGAACGAAUUAUUCGGGAACUCAAACAUCAAGAGAGAUUUUAAGAGUGUCCGGGUGCGUGGUCUCGGUCCCAGCAACUCUGUACGGACUAUCUUUGAAGUCCAUUUUGAUCCAAGGACAAGAUACACCUCCCGGGAUGUACAGAGGGCUUUGCUUCAGGAAGUGAAACAAUCCAGGAAGAAAUCUAUCGUUGUGAAGAAACCAGAAGAGGACAACAUCAAGAUCGUGGACUUUGAUUGGGCGCCUGUCCUGUUCACGACAACCAGCACGACCACGGCUGCUACCACGGUCCCCGUCACCACCACGUCUUCGCUGGCCCUCACCAAGCGACCGCCACCUGCCACCACCAGGUGGCCGAAAGUCUUCCCACAAGCCAAGUGGCCCUCGACCACCAUGAGGCCGGCCACCACCCGGAGACCUCCCUUCUCCAUAAAGACCAAUGUCAGACUUCCCAGGCCGUGUGACUCCCAGCCCUGUCUGCACGGAGGCACCUGUGAAGAUGAUGGAGAGGACUACACCUGCAGUUGCCCAGCCGGCAAAGGAGGAGCAGUCUGCGAGCGAACAAUCGUGUACUAUCUACCUGAGUUUGGGGGUAAAUCCUACCUGGCGUUUAAGACAAUGAAGGCUUACUACACAGUGCGGAUCAACCUGGAGUUCCGUGCCUCUGAGCUCAAUGGAUUACUUCUGUACAAUGGACAGAAAAAGGGGAAAGACUUCAUUUCUCUGGCUCUUGUGAAGGGCUAUGUGGAGCUUAGGUUUAACACAGGCUCUGGAACAGGCAUCAUCACCAGCAAAACACAGAUAAAACCCGGAAACUGGCACCAAGUGGUGGUGAAUCGGAACCGGCGUAACGGGAUGCUCUCAGUAGAUGGUGAACCACACGUGAUUGGACAAAGCCCCAGUGGAACAGACGGGCUUAAUCUGGAUACAGAUCUGUUCCUGGGUGGAGCGCCUGAGGAUGAGAUGGAAUUUGUGAAAGAACGAACAUCAGCAACAAAGGGUCUGCGAGGAUGUAUCCGCCUACUGGAUGUCAACAACCUGAUUUACGACCUGCAGGAGAAAGGCAGUGAUGUCUUGUACGGUAGCGGGGUGGGGGAGUGUGGUAAUAACCCCUGUGACCCCAACCCCUGCCGAAACAACGGCAAGUGCCAUGUGAAGGAGGCAGAGAUGUUCCACUGUGAAUGUGUCGGCAAGUUUUCAGGACCAACCUGUGCUGAUAGACACAACCCAUGUGACCCGAAGCCCUGCCAUCCAUUGGCCACCUGUAUGGUGUUGCCUGAAGGCGGAGCGAAGUGUGAAUGUCCAAUGGGGCGCGAAGGAGAGUUCUGUGAAAGAGAAUCUGAGAAGGACCAGGGCAAAGCUUUCAUCCCAAAUUUUGCCGGAUCUUCAUACCUGGAAAUGAAUGGAAUCCACACAUUUUCCGAUGACUUGUCUCAGAGGCUGUCGAUGGAGGUGGUGUUCUUGCCCGUGGACCACAAUGGAAUGAUCUUCUACAAUGGGCAGAAGACUGAUGGUCGUGGAGAUUUUGUGUCGCUCAACCUACGGGAUGGCUACUUGGAGUUUAAAUAUGACCUUGGCAAAGGACCUGCAGUAAUCAGGAGUAAGGAACGCAUCCCACUCAACGUAUGGAACGUGGUUACCGUAGAACGGAAUGGUCGGAAAGGCUUAAUGCAAAUUAACAAGGGAGGAUCCAUCUCUGGCGAAUCCCCGGCCCCACACACAGGUUUGAACCUCAAGGAAGCUUUGUAUGUGGGAGGAGCACCGGAUUUCAAUAAAUUCGCUCGAGCUGCUGCAAUCACCUCUGGCUUCACGGGUGCCAUUCAAAAGAUGUCAAUAAAAUCCAUUCCACUGCUAAAGAGAGAAAAUAUUCGAAAUGCCAUCGGCAUCUCCAACUACCAGUCACACCCUUGCACUGCGCAGAUCAACCCUUGCCGGAACGGUGGAGUCUGCAGCCCGAGGCUAAGAGAUUAUGACUGCAUGUGUCAGCGCGGCUUCUCGGGGUCACGGUGCGAGAAAGCACUUGAGGAGAAGUCAGCAGGUGAAAGUGAAUCUAUUGCGUUUAAUGGGCGUACAUUCAUUGAGUAUCAUAACUCAGUGACAAGGAGCGAGAAAGCUAUACAAGUUAAUUAUUUUGAGCUGAGCAUCAAAACAGAAGCAACACAGGGCCUGAUUCUGUGGAGCGGGAAGAUUGCUGAGAGAUCAGACUACAUUGCGCUGGCUGUAGUUGACGGCUUUGUGCAGAUGACGUAUGACCUUGGGUCGAAACCGGUCAUUCUCCAGUCUACGGUGCCAGUUAACACCAAUCAGUGGGUCCGGAUCAAAGCUAACAGAAUACACAGAUAUGGGACUCUACAAGUGGGAAAUGAAGCCCCCGUAACCGGGUCAUCUCCUGUUGGGGCCACACAGCUGGAUACAGAUGGAGCACUCUGGCUUGGUGGAAUCGAGAAGCUGGCUCUCGGAAGCCGAUUGCCGAAGGCUUACAGCACUGGAUUUAUAGGCUGCAUAAAGGAUGUGAUUGUUGAUCGACAGGAGCUCCAGCUAAUCGAAGACGCCUUGAAUAAUCCCACAAUAUUACACUGUCCAGCCAAAAAAUGAACAGGCUAUGCCUACUGCUGUAAUUAUUUUCUAUUUUUGUAUACUUUUAUUGCUUUUUAUAUUGAAAAUGUUUUUUUUUGUUGCAGUAUAUCAAGCUAAUCUCACAAGCAAACCAAACGAUCAAAAUGUCCCUGGCUAUAGCUACACUGUACACAGUUAGUUUGGUUGUACUUGAACCUGUGAUAUUUGGUGCUGGUGUUAUCUACUGUCUUCAUUGAAUUGAUUUGCUCCACAAACUAAGAACUAGUUCAGCCCUUCUAAUUCAAAUUCAAGUUCAGGUUUAUUGUCACAUGUAUACCGCUAAAAGAAACAGCAUUCCUCCAGACCAAGGUGCACAACACAGUACGUAUAAUUCACUCGCAACACAAAGGUAAUAUUUCCACAAAUAAUAAGUUGCAUUCAUGACACAAGUUAAAAAGUAAACAGUAUAAUGCUACUGUUGCAUCAUGUGUGAUGAGACCUGGGUGGUGAUAGAGAGUUCAGUAGCCUUACGGCCUGGGGGACAAACCUGUUUCCCAUCCAAACAGCUCUUGUCCUAAUGCUACAGUACCUCCUGCCUGAUGGUAAGAGGUCAAAGAAAUUGUAGGACAGAUGGGAGGGAUUACUAAGGGCCCUACAUACACAGGACUCCUAAUAAAUAUCUCUAAUGGUUAUCAGAAGGAUCCCAAUGGUGACUGGCAGCAUUCAGCACCAUUAUGAUCACAUACUAUAGUGCAGAUAUGAUAAACUUGUUUACUUAUUUGACUCCUUGAGUCAAAUUACCACACCCAAUAAAACUCCAGAUAUUGUUUAUUCCUUUGCUUGUAAUGAACUAUGCCAUUUUGUUUGUUCAAUUAUAUGCUUCUUUGGGAAUUAGACGCAUUGCAAGACUGAACGAGGCAAUGCAAAAUGUAUUUGUGGAAACUAGAGAUGGGAAAUUAUUACUCAAAAGCAAAUGGAACUGGUGUGAAGCCUACCCCUUUUGAAAAUAUCAAUGAGAGACAUUAUCAAAUUAAUCAGGACCUGUAAUAUUUUUAAAAUAGUUUUCCACAAUAAUACUAGGCAGCACGGUAGCAUAGGGGUAAGUACAUUGCUUCACAGUGCCAGCGACCCGAGUUCAGUUCCUGUCAUUGACUGAAAGGAGUUUUUGUACAUUUUCCCACAUGACCACAUGGGUUUCCUUCCACAUUCCAAAGUAUAGAGCAUAGGUUAAUUAGUCAAAUGGGUUGGUUGGCACGGAUUCGUUAGGCCAGAAGGGCCUGUUACUGAGCUGUAUCUCUAAAUAACUAAAUAAUCUUCAAUUAAAUGGUUAACAUCAUCAUGCUCUGCUCAAGACAUUUUUGACUAAUUUUAUAGUUAGAGGAAGAAAAUUUGGAUUGGAUAAAGUAAUGCAAUAUUUUGUGAAAUACUAUUGGAGCCUCCAAUUGAUAUGCGUUCCUUCAUUCUGUCCAUAAUAUAUUGCUCACUAUUCUUUGCAGCAAUCCCACAAAUUGAGGUAAACUUUUACUGCUUUCCAUUGACAGGUAAGAUGUGGAAAACGUAUAAAAGUUUCUGUUCCAUUUAGAGAUCCCUUUAUAAUGUGUUGACAUUAUGCUUUUCCAGGCACAGAAAUAACCCCACUCCUUAUAUUACUGACUGUGUAUAGUGUAGGCCAAUGUGUGACAAUACUUUUUGCAUGACACUUGUAAGAUUGCAUGUGGCCUGAAGGUCUUGGGACUGUGAAAAAUAAACUGAUAUUGUAAAGGUAAUGGUUAAAGACCAGUAUUCUGAUAGAAAUGACAGUCAAGAAGCAAAAAGCUUUGUCUCACAUGUGGCAUGCUACUGAGAAAGCCCCAUUAUAUAAUUUUGUCCAAAGCUGCUGCUUGUUGUAGAUGUACCACAUCUAUAGACUUGGCCAGUGGAAAUUUCAUGGGCAUCGGUAAAGCUGUAUUCACUUGGUAAUUAUACAUGGGGCUGUUGGGGAAGGUUUGCUGAAAACGAGCUUUGCUUUAUUGAAUUAUGAAAUUCUUCUCCUUCUAAAGCCUGUCACCCCUCCUGGGGCAUAGGCUACCGACAGUAGCUCACUGGAGUCCUCUUUCCGGGCCAGUUUUUCAAGUCCACCUGUAGCCCACCUGUAUGACUUCUAAGCGAAGAUCCUUCCUCUCCCAGAGAUGAGGUAUUUGAAGCUCCUGUUGGCGUUUCUGUAGCUCUGGGUUUUUAUGGGAUGGGGUUGCAAGCCCCAGGCCCAAUCCUCCCCCUUUCACAGCCGGGCUUGGGGGCCAUCCAUGGCAGAGUUCAACUACAAAAUACGACAAGGAUUUUGCAAGUGGCCAUGAAUGUGUCUAGACUGCUGUAAAAAAAAUUUGGUCUUUGCAAUGUGCACUGAUUCAGAUCGGGAUACUCGUCAUCAGCUUUAGUCAUUGGUGUUUUUUUUUAAUUUCUAACUCUAUCAUGUGAUUUUUUUUCUUUCCAUAGGAAGUACAGUUCAGCCUUAACAAUUAGUAUGCAUUCCUGGUAUUUCCAUAUAUUAUAUGACAGUCCAACGCAUUUCUUUAUAUGGCCCUGUGGUGAGGUAGCCUAUAAGGAAUUUGUUAGAAGAGAGGGGAGAUAAUGCAUUGGCAAGGAGAGGCAAAGUGUCUGCCUAUUGUAGAUGAUAAAGACCGGAAUGUUCUUCUGAUACACGAAUGUUCUUCACGGUAGCAUGGCAGUUAGCGGGACGCUAUUACAGCUUGGGGCGUCAGAAUUUGGAGUUCAACUCCGACGCCCUCUGUAAGGAGUUUGUACGUUCUCCCCGUGUGAUCAUGUGGGUUUCCUCCCACAGUCCAAAGACGUACUGGUUAGUGAGGUAAUUGGUCAUUGUAAAUUGUCCUGUGGUUAGGUUAGGGUUAAAUAGGCGGGUUGCUGGGUGUGGCGGCUCGUUGGGUCGGAAGUGCCUGUUCUGUGCUGUAUCUCUAAAUAAAAAUAAAUAAUUAUUUUGAAGGCCUUCCCCAUUGCUGGAGCUGGCGUGUUUUAUAACGUAACUUUGCCAAAAGAUAUUCUGCAAAGGGCAAUGACAUUUGUAAUGCCUGACAGUGUGAUAUUGUCAUCUGUUUGGUCUAUAAUUAAUUUCGGUGGUUGCCAUGGUUUCAAUCACUGUCAUCAAGUCGCAGGUUUCUCUGCAAUAUUGUUUAUUUUGUUGCUUUUAUCAAAUGACCUCUGGCCCUUUGCAGUGACCCGAAAUGUCUGUACCCUGUUGACCUUAGCUUGCCUACCGCACUAUGAUUACCUACGGUGGUGACCUCCGAAACACAGGUCACUCGGUUUGAGAGGAGUCCAUGGAAUGAUUUUGCUUGUUUUGUCAAUUUAAAGAGAUCAAAAAUGAAAAAAGAAACAUUCCAAAUGCUGUGUCUUGUCUUCAGAGAUGUUUGUGAGAAAAGUGUGGGGGGGGGGGCACGUGGGGAGGCCUCAGAAAUGCCUUAAAUGCCGAGUUCGCCAACCAUGUGGUGAACCCCACCUGCACACACCUUGUGUGGUGCACAUAUUUUUAUUUGAUGUUUUAUUGCUGACGUUUUAACUCUAGUGUAAAAAUUAUUCAAGCCCUUUUUUUAAAAAAAAGAAAUUGCUGGUUUUAUUUAUGUGUUUCCAUACAAUGUAUUUUCAGGUACAUGGUCAUUGAAAACUGCUGUAAUUAAUCUGUAAGAACACGACACAGUAUGUGAUCAGCAUGAUGUAACCAUUACUAACUUUAUUACUCGUGUUGUUUGGCCAAUCAUCAUGAAAUAAAAUGUAAAACUUCGAAACA